AAGAAGGAAAGACCACUGGUAGAACGUGGACUCCUAGCCUUCUUUCAUCUUCAUAUCUACAAGCAACAUAACAAUGUCAAAGAAAUUUGUGUUGAGACUUGUCUUCUUCAGAACAAAAACAUUUAGUUUUGUUCCAAAAAUUAGACAGCAAAAAUGGAAUUGGCGAUGGGUUUGAAGAGCGGGUUCACAAUAUUGGGGUGUGUAAUUACAGCAACGGUCAUCUACACCGUCAUCAGCGACGGUCUUCCUUUCCGCAUCGAACUCCUUACUCCGUGGAUGGCUGUAACAUUGAUUGAUUUUUACAUCAACACCUUUGCAAUUGGGGCUUGGGUUGUGUACAAGGAAACAAGCUGGACCUUUGCUGUUCUCUGGGUUGCUCUACUUAUAUGCUGGGGAAGCAUUACAACAUGCAGCUAUAUUGUCUUGCAGCUCCUUAAACUCUCACCUAAAGAAUCAAUGCAAGAUCCAAUUUACUAUGUUUUGCUACGCCGUGGGAAAACGAACAGAGCAGAAAGUAAUAAAAAGUUCCCUGUUGGAAUUGCAAAAGCUGUGUUCAUUGCUUUGGGCUGUCUAAUGUUAGGAGCAUUGAUCUACACCAUUGUCACAGAUGGAUCUCCCUUUCGCAGAGAAUUAUACACACCGUGGGUAUCUGCAACAUUAGUUGAUUUAUACAUUAGUAUUGUGGUUCUUUCGGUCUGGGUUUCAUACAAAGAGUCGAGUUGGAUAAGUGCUGCUUCUUGGAUAGUUUUACUAGCAUGUUUGGGAAGCUUUAGCACGUGUAUCUACGUUGUUGUACAGCUAUUCCGCCUCUCUUCUCAAGAUCCUGUCUACUAUAUUCUUUUCAAAGGUCGUAACAGGGCAGAAGAUUAGAAGAAGGCAAUGAAGAAACAUUGAAAGAAGGCAUAAGCGUGGAAGAUACCUAGCUAGCGCUCUUGAGCUGAUUUGCUGGUUGCCAGGAAACGUCAAUACUCAAAUUAUACAUCAAAAUUGGGGUAUCCUUUAUCAAUUAACAUUGUUAAUUGAAAUAAUUAACAUUACUAUUUACUAGGCUAGAGAAUGAAAUCAUCCACGAAACAGUAUAGUACUAUAGUUUGCUUCACUGUCCCAACCGUGAGUGUGUGACUCUCUGUAACGAUAUUCAAUGUGAAUCACUUGCACC